AUGCCUCAAGCUCAGCCCGAGCUAAAGAAGAACUCCAAAAUCGCGGGAUCCGAAACGCGCGACGUCAGCGCCGCAACCACGAGGAUCAACGCGAUGUACCUCGACAAAAGGCUAUUUGUGCAGUUGAAUGGGAGCCGGAAAGUUAUUGGCGUGUUGAGAGGUUACGAUGUGUUCUUAAAUGUCGUAUUGGACGAUGCGGUUGAGGAGAAGGAGGGCGGGGAGAAGGUCAGAUUAGGCAUGGUGGUCAUUCGAGGAAAUUCCGUCGUCAUGCUAGAGGCAUUAGAAAGAAUAGGCGGCGGUAGAGAGGAACGGUGA